AUGCCAACCGGAUACGACGAGUGCUAUCCAGGCUUUGAGGCGAGUUAUGAUGCAAUGGGUGACUCUGAUGAUGAAACCGACUAUAGCAAAAUGGAUCUUGGAAAUAAAAAAGGUCCGAUUGGCCGAUGGGACUUCGAGACGCAAGAGGAGUACAGUGAAUAUAUGUCGAGCAAAGAAGCUCUACCAAAGGCAGCCUUUCAGUACGGCGUUAAGAUGUCUGAUGGCCGACGGACACGGCGUGUCGGUCUGAAAGACGAGAAAGCUGAAUUGGACAGGCAAUGGCAGAAGAUCCAGGCAAUUAUCAGCAAGCGCAAGCAAAUGGGGGAGGAAGGGGGCCCAGUAUCCAAGACUCCUCGCUUUUGA